AUGAAUUCGAGAAAUCUAUGGAAUUGGAUUUACAAAAAAGUGUCGAAUCAUAAUCUUUUCAUACUGGAAGAAGACGAUUAUGAUGAUGAUGCAUUGAAAGAUCCAGCUGCUAUUGUAAAAAAACAAAAAUAUAAAACCUGGUUGUACAUUGGACUUCUCACAGUGUGUUUUUACAUAUUGUUUUACGCAACUUUGACAAGACCUCAAUCGGAGACACUGGUUAUUUCCAAUGUAAAGUCUGAUACUUUUGAUCAGUUGUAUUCGGAAUAUGGUCAAACGUUUGCAUGCCCAUGCUCAACAGUCAUAAUACCUUAUAGCAAUUUUAUAUCGAACAAUUGGACAAUGCAUCCUAUCUGUUCGAGUAUUUUCGUCAGUUUGCAAUGGGUUGAAGGAUUAUAUUUUACAAAUGCAAGUUCGUAUAUGCUGUAUGAUUUUCGAAAAGUGGCCUAUUCACAGUUUGAACUUUUAUCCAAAUUAUGUUCAAUUUCCGAAGCAAUCAUAUCUCAAAUCGAAUCCGAGAUAAAUAACACUGAACUUGUUACUAUUAAUGUUCUUUCCAAGACGCAAAUUCAACUGGAAGUCGAUAGCAAAAUUGAAUUUCAGAAGAACAAUGCCUAUGGUCGAAUAAUCUCGUUCUUGAAUUACUGGAGAACAACGAUUCAAAGAAACUUUUUGGUUUCAGCUCUCGGUACCAACUGGCAGAUUUACCAAUGGUAUACUACUAAUCCACCUACCUUAGCAGGCACUGAAGCAACUUACUUUAUAGAAAGCUUACUUUUCUCUAAAAAAUGUGGUGUCGAUACAUUUGUACUUUCUGCAUUUCUUCCUUCACCAUCAAAUGAUUCAGAAUACGUUGGACAGCGAUGGCCGUUUUUAAUCAAUUAUGUAUCCGUCCAUGGCUUCUUCGCGGCAUGUACUCCUCUCGAUGCACUUCUUCAAAGUACGAUGGAUUGUUUAUAUGAAUCUGAAUGUAUGCAAUGGUUAUUGAACUAUUUUCCAAAUCUAAAUCAAACAAACUUCAAUUGGAGCAGUUCGAUUUUAUCUGCAAAACAUGAUAACAAAACUGUACUUGAUUAUUUUCAAACUCUCUUUAUUGAGAGCUGGAUUUCAAACACGAAUUAUUCCGCAUAUUUCGACCAAUGUUCUCCGUCAAAAUGUACAUACUCCACGACAACUCGAGCACACUUAUCCUAUGCAAUCACCUUUCUCAUUAGUCUUUAUGGUGGUCUUAUCAUAAUACUUCGUUUAUUUGUCUCGUAUUUAAUUGAUAUUUUAUUCAAAUUCUUACAUCAUCAAAAGCAUGCAAGUGAAAGUUCGGGUGAACAAAGCUUAUACACAUGUAAACUAGUUCAAUUGUUGAAACAAUUGAAUCUAUUCAAAAAUGUUAAUCAUCGGACAGAGAGCAGUCUCAAACAACAAAGAAUUAUCACUCGUGUCUAUUUGAUAUUACUAAUCGGUUCAAUAUGUGUUCUUUGUCUCUUCAAUUCACUAAGCAGUGAAAUAGCGACGACCGCCGUGUCAAAUCCAUCGUUAGCGACUUAUAAUUUAUUAGAAAUGAAAUAUUCAACAGAACUUCGAUGCCCAUGUGCGAAUAAGACCAUGUCCUAUCGCACAUUUAUCUCACUAUCGCCCGUUUUGCAUCAAAUAUGUUCAAGUGGAUUCGUUACGAAUGAUUGGAUUUAUCAAAUAAUGAGCAAUAUGUUCAUCGUCGUCUCCUAUGAUUGGCGUUUAAAGGCGUAUAAACAAUUUCAGAUUCUCUCUGAUCUAUGUCAAUUAGCUAACGCGACGAUCGAUGCAGCGAUGGACAAAUUUCUUUCACAACUGUUUGUUGCUUCUUCUGUCCUAAGUGAAAUGGAUUUCGAUCAACAAUUAAAUGCAACUCUCAGUCAAUUCUAUCAAUCAACAGCUUACAGUUUCGCCUUACCAAAUAAUAUCAUACAACUUAUUCAGAAAACUAAUCAAUAUCAUGAAGGAUUCGCAUCUCAAAACAUGCCGCCUAAUUAUCCGGAUUCUGCUUUAAUAUUUAACUCAGUAAACAGCCAGGUAUAUUUUCGCUUAUAUGAUAUUCAAGAUGCGACCACAGGACUAAUCACAUGUGUGUGUGCUAUCAAUCCUUACUGUCAAAGGCCAGCAAUUCUCAACGAUUUUAAUCUAAUAAAUAAUUAUAACUCUUGGUAUGGAUAUGGAUAUAAUCAUAACUUAUCUGGCUGGGUUGAACGCUGUCUUGCUCAUGAAUCUCUUCUACUAUCGACACUCGAAUGUUUAUAUAUAAAUUCCAGUUGUUUUCCCUUCUUAUUGAGCUACAUAACCAAAGCAAAUACGGAUGCGCUGUCACUUUUAACAUCUUCAUCACGUCUACGUCCUCUCACCUAUGAUCCAGCAGUGAGUCGCUUUCCUCCCAAUACCCCAAUUUCCAUAAUUGUCAAUGAAAUGAUGCUUGAAACAUGGAAUGCUAUUUUGUCAUAUGAAAAAUUCUACGAAUCAUGUGCGCCCUUGUAUUGUUCUUAUUCACAAAGUGUACGGAAGGAAAAUUUUCUUGGAGUCAUCAUCGUAUUGGUGUCAGCUAUUGGUGGAAUCAUAGUGUCAUUACGUAUUAUAACACCUCAUCUUGUUCAUUUUACGUUGAGAAUCUUGGCAAGAACCAACGAAAAGUCAAAUCAAUCUGAACAAGGUAUAGUCACUACUUAUUUUUUGAAAUUUUCAUUUUUUACAAGACUGAAUAUCAGCUCUAUUCAUGUGAGUCAUAGCGAAAUACAUCCUAGUGAACUCGGUUUCUCAGGACAAAUCGCGAAUCUUAACGAAUACAUCCGAGAAGAGGUCUAUGCUAUAAUUUUAGUUCGACGGAGCUGUGCUGAUCGACUAAAGAUGAUAAUACAGAAUGUAAUUAAACUUCUUUAUAAUGCACUUACUGAAUCGAAUAUAUUUUCAUCACGUGAUGUCGGAAGCGACGUUGAUCGAAUGACAGCGAAAAAUUAUGGUCAGUGGGCAACGCGUCUUUAUAUGAUACUGUUCAUCAGCAGUCUCAGUAUUUUGGUGUUCUACACAAUUAUCCAGCCACAUUCUGUGAUUAAAAACUUUGAGCAACCAUCUUUCACUUACUAUAAUCGAUUGAAAGAUAUCUAUGGUGAUGGGUUAAAAUGUUCAUGUUCAAGAAUAGCAUCGACAUAUAGUGAUUUCGUCAGCAUUCAACCAGCAUUUCAUCCAAUCUGUUCAAGUCAAUUUGUUUCGAAUGAAUGGCGGGUUAGUUUAACAGAUGGUCUUGUUGCGAAUUUAUCGAUUUAUGAGAGAACAGAUUAUCGUCGGUUUCUUUCUGCUCAUUUACAAUAUCUCCAAGGACUAUGUCAACUUUCAAUAGACUCAGCGAAUAAUUCAAUCCAUGAGUUUCUCACUUCAUUAUUAGUUAUUACCGAACUUUUACCAAAGGAUAAUUUUGAUGAUCGCCUCACGAGCUUAAUUGAACAAAGCAAAUUGAAAGCUCCGACUUUGUUGUCUACUCUUCUUCUUUUCACUCAAAGUAUUAUACAUGGAAAUGCCUUCCAAUCAACUUAUGGAACAAAUUUCCAAUAUAUUUAUGUAGAUGGAAAUGUAGCACUUCCUGAAGCCGAACAAGCGUUCAUAUAUGAUGAUGAUUGUUCUUGUGAUGCUUCUCCGAGUUGUACAACUCAAGCCAGUUUUAUCCAGGCGAACUCCUCCCAGAACGCUUCCGUCAAAGGAAUGAAAAUGGGAUGUACGCCAAGUGAGUCACUGCUUGCUUCGACUCUCGAGUGUUUUUACGAUCAAUCAUGUUUGGAUCUUAUUCAAAACUAUACUCAUUCUCGCAAUUCAUCAAGCCCUCUUUCGACAACAUCGAGCCGUUUUUCACAAAACACAACAGUCGAUGAACUUCGACAGAAUCUGUUUAUAGAAGAAUGGUCAACCGCAAUAAAUUAUUCGUCUUAUUAUGCGCAAUGUUCGCCUUCAGUCUGUUCUUAUACAAGUGUUGCGCAGUUUAAUAUUCUAUACACAAUCACUCUUAUCCUUGGUCUUCAAGGUGGUUUGACUAUUGUUCUCAAAUGGAUUUGUCCAAAACUCGUUCGAAUUGGAUCAAAGAUUUAUUAUAAUCGGAAAAAACUAGCAUCUUCUGUCCAUCCUGUUGACGUUCUUGAAAUGUCAUCCAUUAUGACGAAUAAUAUAGUCAUUCAAAAUACAACUUCAAAUCUUGAGAAUAGACCAAUGGAAACACUAUCUCAGAAGAAUUUUGCAUUACGCAUUCGAUGGUAUUUCAAGACCAUAUUCAUCGUUGUAUCAGUGAUAUGCUUAUUAGUCGGUAUAGCUAUUUUUUCAAUUUAUUACGGUCGACAAGGUUCGACGACAACUACACCAAUCAGUGGUAAUUUAAACGCAAUGCUAACCACAAUUACACCGACAAUUUCAGGUGUUUCAGGAUCAACAUGCCAAUUAAAAGUUAAACGACAGUCAAUUAAUAUACAGUGUCCAUUCUCGAAUACCAGCGUAUAUAGAAUUGCUGAUGUAAACAAUGAUAAUCGAGUUGAUCUUAUCUUUUGCUGCGAUAACAGCUCUACAGUGAACGUCUUAUUAGCAAAUUCGAAUGGUUCGUUUGGAGAAGUGAUACCAACUUAUUUACGUGGAGAUAUAAUUAAGAUCUAUGUUGACGACAUGAACAAUGAUGGUAUAGCCGAUCUAAUUGUGUUAUGCUACAUCCAGUACCUCGAUUUGAUCUUAUUCUUAUUUGGCAAUGGUGAUGGAACUUUCCAAUUAGCAAACAUUCCGUAUAUUUGGCUCAUUACAUCUCCAGUUGAUGUUAGCGUAGCCGAUAUUAAUAAGGACAAUGUCCUGGAUGUCACUGUCACAUUUCGGUAUUUUGAUGCUGUUUAUGUUUUUUAUGGAUAUGGCAAUGGAUCAUUUUCAUCAAGUUCAAUGCUGUUUAUAGAACUUACUAGUGAUCCGCAGCAACUAGCUGUCGGUGAUUUCGACAAUGAUGGCUAUACAGAUCUUGCCGUAUUAAACGGUCGGUCUCUCCAUAUUCAUGUAUUUUUGAGAAAUUCCAAUGGAAGCUUUCCAUUACCGACGUGGCUAUACACUGCAUACGAUAUUAAUCAAUAUCGAAUGCUAGCUGGUGAUUUCGAUAAUGACUAUCAAUCCGAUAUUGUCUAUCUUCAUAGCUGGGAAAAUACAGAAUUAAUACUAUAUCGAUAUAACAAUGGUGCUUUUCAUACUGAUCAGCAAAUUGUCAUAGGUACUUCAGUAUUAUUAAAUUCAAAAUCAAUAGUUAUACACGAUAUCAAUAAUGAUAAUUACUCAGACAUCAUUAUAGGUUCACUUUUAUCGGAUGAAAUUUAUGGUCUUCUAGCAGACGGAAGCGGACAUUUCCAAACACAAACUUUUUAUUCAAGCCUACUUAUUAAUUCUUCAUAUGACAUCAACGACUUUGAUCACAGUUCUUGUCAUGAAAUAAUCAAUAUGAACAUAAUUAACAGUACUUUAUAUAUUCUUUUCAAUGCAUGUCAAUGCCCAACAUAA